AUGGAUGAAACAUUUCUGAAUGACAUUUUGGAGUGCUCUGUAUGUUUAGAACAAUUGGAUACCUCAAGUAAAGUGUUGCCAUGCCAACAUACAUUUUGUCGGCGGUGUUUGGAGGAGAUUGUGAACUCCCACAAGGAGCUACGGUGUCCCGAGUGUAGAGUACUGGUCGAGACUAAAGUGGAAGAUCUGCCUUGUAACAUUUUAUUGAUCCGUUUACUCGAAGGAAUAAAAAACAACUCUAGGUUUACCAGAAACUCAAGUACAGGAAAUGGACGAAGGCUAGAAGUCUCUUGUGGAAGUUCUAGUAACCAAACUAUACCUCAUUCACCCCAUGUCAUGACACCUCGACAACUGAGGUAUCAACCGGGAUCAGGUGAUGGACAGCUGUUUCCAAAACAG